AUGGCAGAAGCACUAGCAACCGCUUACACGGAUAAUACCUUGACAUGUAGCAUCUGUCUGGGAGAGUAUGAGGAUCCUCGUGUGCUGCCUUGCUACCAUACAUUUUGCUAUGGUUGUAUAUCUGACCAAGCUACACGCACACUGACUCCAAAUAAGACAUUUCUGUGUCCCAUGUGUAGAGAAGAGGUCCAGUUUCCAGCUGGUGGACUUAACCAACUGAAAAAGAAUUUCAACUUUAGUAAGACCAAGGAUAUAACCAAGCAGCAAGUUGGACAGACAUUAAAAGAGGAACAGACCAAUGUAGCAGCAGUGACACAGGUCAUUGCACAGAUGAACAUCAGUUGUAAGAAACAUCCUGAUAAUGAAUUAAAAUAUUACUGUGAAGAUGAUAAUACUGUUAUAUGUGGUGAGUGUACAGCAAAAGAACAUGGUGGACAUCAUAUAUCAUCAGUUAUGCAAGUUGCAAAAAUCAACAGAGAUAAAAUUAAAGCUGCUCUUGGGAGAAUUAUGAAAACAACGGACAGAUUUAAAGAGGCAAAGGAAACAGCCAAUAAAACAGAUGACCCUCACACCAAGACAUUCACUAUCAAAAACAUAAAAAAACAAGCUCAGAGUAUGCGCAAAUGCAUUGAUCAGAGGGAACAGACAUUGAUAUCAGAAGUGAAUUCUGCUUUCGACAACUGGAAAAAGCAGAAGGAGGCAAACAGUAAUAUACUUGACUUUCACCAUACGUCCUUGUCCAGUGCCUGUGACUUUGCCCAGGAACUUAUCACUAAUGGCACUGACUCUGAUAUCAUGGCUCAUGCAAAACUUCUAAUAGAAAGACUGGCAGUUAUGGAGAAAACACCUCUUCCAACUCCAGACACACCGGCACAUAUAUCUUACAUACCAGGUAGGAUAUCUACUGUCGGACUGGAAGCCAUGUUAGGACAGGUGACAGAAGAUUCACAACGUCCAUUAGGGCAGCUUCCAUUGGCUGGACUGAGAACAAAUUCAAGUUCAGCAACAGAUCUUCCAGUUUUCUUUGAGAAGACAGAAUGUGUGCAUUCUGUCAGUGCUGUGUUGAGAGAUGACAGAGAAACGUUCAUAUAUGGGUUGGCCGUUGAUGAGCAAUAUACAUAUGUUGUGGUUCAAUAUAAUUCUUGGCUAUGGAAUGCCAGAACAAUAUUGUUCACACAUAAUAGAGAAUUCAAGUUUGACUUUAAACUAAACAAUCCAUAUGAUAUAGCUGUGUCACAAACUGGUCACCUUUACAUUACAUCAAGGGUAGACAAAUGUGUGAAAGUCUACUCCACCAGAGGUAAGCAGAUGACUUACAUGGGUCGUGGUAUACUUGAGGCCCCAUGUGGUAUUACAGUGAACAGACAAGGUAAUGUGAUGGUUUGUGACGGUAGAAAGAAGUCCAUCUUCACAUUCCAUGAAGACAGUGGAGAGCUCCUGAACACUAUUCNCCCUGCUAUUCCACUCAGUAUGUGUGAAUACCCAACCUACAUCACAGUGAACAGUUUGAAUGAUAGCAUUGUGAUAUCAGACCGUUCUGGACACUGUGUACUAGUGCUGUCUCCUACUGGUGGUCAGCUGUACAAGUAUGGCACACGAGGCAGUGGUGAUGGUGAGCUGUUUGUACCACGCGGAGUGUGCACAGACAGCCAUGGUCAAAUCUUCAUUGCUGACUACUGUAACCACAGGAUAGUGGCACUGAGUCCACAGGGACAGUUUCUCAGAUACAUUGCCACUAAGGAUGACCGGUUGAAGUAUCCAAAAGCAUUAGCCAUCAACCCAGCUGGUCAGCUGGUGGUGGCAGAGGAAAAGGGCAGGGUUAAGAUAUUCCAGUAUCUAUAG